CUGCAGAUACUCAGAUACUUCCAGAACCUCCAACCAUCAUUGGGAUUUCCUAGUUUAAGAAUUAAGAAUAAGAAUUACCACACUUCUAAGGGAUUUUAUAUGGAAGUAUCACAAAGUAACUUGUGGAACUUACUGGAGGAUGUUCCCCAUCAAAACAAGUGAAUAAACCAAGUAAAUCAAGAGGAAAACAUGGAAUUAUCAAACGGAAGAAUAAACAGAAAAGAAUGAAAGGGAAUCCCAAGAUGAUGUAAAGGAGAAUUGGAGGAUAACUCUUGUUUUCCAAGUAGAGGACAAGCAGUCUGAUUAAUGAGUAAUUCUAUAGUUUUAGAAUGCCCUUUAGUAAAUGUAAUAGAAUUCAAGUAAUUCUAAACUUGAAAACCUUGCUCCAUUGGGAUCACAUUUUCAGUAUUAAUUACCUGGUGGUCACACCGUGGGAAGAUGCUUGUUGCAGCAUUGACAAUAGCUGAUGAUAAAAGGGAUGCCCUCUACAUCUUUAUUAGUAAAUCUUCUUUCAGCUUUACUCAUCCCUUUUGUGUUUGGGGAAACAGAAGUAAGAUUCUCUGGACAAACAGAAUUUGUCGUUAAUGAAACAAGUACAACAGUUAUUCGUCUUGUCAUCGAGAGAGUAGGACAGCCAGCAAAUGUCACUGCGAUUGUAUCGCUGUAUGGAGAAGACACAGGUGACUUUUUUGACACGUAUGCUGCAGCUUUUAUACCUGUUGGCGAAACAAACAGGACAAUCUACAUAGCAGUAUGUGAUGAUGACUUACCAGAGCCUGAUGAAACAUUUGUUUUUCACUUAACAUUACAAAAACCUUCUGCAAAUGUGAAACUUGGGUGGCCAAGGACUGUUACUGUCACAAUAUUAUCAAAUGAUAAUGCAUUUGGAAUUAUUUCAUUUAAUAUGCCUUCCUCAGUCACAGUGAUUGAGCCCAGGGGCAGAAAUGAGUUUGUGCCUCUUACCCUCAUCAGGGAAAAAGGAACCUAUGGAAUGGUCACUGUGACUUUUGAGGUAGACGGUGGUCCCAAUCCACCAGAAGAAGAUCUGAGUCCAAUUAAAGGAAAUAUCACCUUUCCCCCUGGCAGAGCAAUAGUAGUUUAUAACUUGACAGUGCUUGAUGAUGAGGUACCAGAAAAUGAUGAAUUAUUUUUCAUUCAACUGAAGAGUGUGGAAGGAGGAGCUGAGGUCAAUACCUCUAGAAACUCAGUUGAAAUUAUCAUUAAGAAAAAUGACAGUCCUGUGAGAUUCAUUCAGAGUACUUAUUUGGUGCCUGAGGAAGACCAUAUACUCUUAAUUCCAGUGGUUCGUGGCAAAGAUGACAGUGGAAAUCUGAUUGGCUCUGAUGAAUGUGAAGCUUCCAUCAGUUAUGCUGUAAUAACUGGGAAUUCAACAGCCCAUGCACAGCAAAAUUUAGAUUUCAUUGAUCUUCAGCCAAACACAACUAUUGUUUUCCCACCUUUUGUUUAUGAAUCACAUCUGAAAUUUCAAAUCAUUGAUGAUGCCAUACCAGAGAUUGCUGAAUCAUUUCACAUUGUGUUACUAAAGGAUACCUUACAGGGAGAUGCUGUGCUAGCAGGCCCUUCUAUUGUGCAAGUCACCAUUAAGCCAAAUGACAAACCGUACGGAGUCCUCUCAUUCAACAGUAUCUUGUUUGAAAAGACAGUUGUAAUUGAUGAAGAUACAGCAAGAUUUGAAGAAAUUACGGUGGUUAGAAAUGGUGGCACCCAUGGGAAUGUGUCCGUGAACUGGGUAUUGACACGCAAUAGCAGCGAUCUCUCACCGGUUACUGAUGAUAUCACACCAAGUUCUGGAGUUCUUCAUUUUGCACAAGGGCAGAUGUUGGCAUCCAUUCCUCUUACUGUUGUUAGUGAUGAUGUACCUGAAGAGGCAGAAGCUUAUCUGCUUCAAAUUCUGCCACAUACAAUACAAGGAGGUGCAGAAGUGAGCGAACCAGCAGAGCUUUUGUUUUACAUUCAGGAUAGUGAUGAUGUUUAUGGCUUAAUAACAUUUUUUUCAAUGGAAAACCAGAAGAUUGAAAGCAACCCAGGAGAACGAUAUUUAUCCUUGAGUUUUAUAAGAUUAGGAGGAACUGAAGGAGAUGUGAAGAUGUUUUUUUCUGCACUUUAUAUUCCUGCUGGAGCUGUGGACCCUCUGCAAGCAAAAGAUGGCAUCUUAAAUACAUCCAGGAAAAAUAGUCUCAUUUUUCCAGAACAAAAAACACAAGUCACUAUAAAAUUACCAAUAAGAAAUGAUGCAUUUCUUCAAAAUGGGGCCCACUUCUUAGUAAAGUUGGAAAGUGUGGAGUUGGUGAACAUAAUUCCCCCAAUCCCAUCUAUAAGCCCUAGAUUUGGGAAAAUCCGAAAUAUUUCUUUAGUGGUCACUCCAGACAUUGCAAAUGGAGAAAUUGGCUUUAUUAGCAAUCUUCCAAUCAUUUUGCAUGAACCAGAAGAUUCUGACGCUGAUAUGGUAUACAUUCCAUUGCAUCGGGAUGGAACUGAUGGUCAGGCUUCUGUCUAUUGGAGUUUGAGGGCCUCUGGCUUUAAUUCAAAAGCAGUGACCCUGGAGGAUAUAGGCCCCUUUAAUGGCUCUGUUGUGUUUUUAUCUGGACAAAGUGACACAACAAUCAACAUUACUGUCAAAGCUGAUGAUAUACCGGAAAUGAAUGAGACAGUAACACUUUCGCUGGACAGGGUCAAUGUGGAAAAUCAAGUACUAAAAUCUGGAUAUACUAGCCGUGACCUAAUUAUCUUGGAAAAUGAUGAUCCUGGGGGAAUUUUUGAAUUUUCCCCUACUUUCAAAGGACCCUAUGUUAUAAAAGAAGGAGAAUCUGUGGAACUCCAUAUCAUUCGAUCCAGGGGAGCUCUGGUUAAGCAGUUUCUUCAUUACCGGGUAGAGCCAAGAGAUAGCAAUGAAUUCUAUGGAAACACAGGGGUUCUAGAAUUUAAACCUGGGGAAAGGGAGAUUGUGCUAACCUUGUUGUCAAGAUUGGAUGGGAUACCAGAGUUGGAUGAACAUUAUUGGGUGGUCCUUAGCAGCCAUGGUGAACGAGAAAGCAAGCUGGGAACUGGUACAGUUGUCAACAUAACAAUUCUGAAAAAUGAUGAUCCUCAUGGGAUUAUAGAAUUUGUUUCUGAAGAUAUUAUUAUUAUGAUAAAUGAAAGUAAAGAAGACGAUAACUAUAGUGCUGUUUAUGGUGUAAUAAGAAAUCGAGGCAACUUUGGUGAUGUUAGUGUGUCAUGGGUGAUUAGUCCAGACUUUACACAAGACAUAUUUCCCAUGGAAGGGAUUAUUUUCUUUGGAGAUCAGGAAUUUUCAAAAAAUAUCACCAUUUACUCCCUUCCAGAUGAGAUUCCAGAAGAAAUGGAAGAAUUUACCAUUAUUUUACUUAAUGCCACUGGAGGAGCUAAAAUAGGAAAUAAAACUACUGCAACCCUGAGGAUUACAAGAAAUGAUGACCCCAUUUAUUUUGCAGCACCUCGUGUAGUGAGGGUUCAGGAGGGUGAGACUGCUGGCUUUACAGUUCUCAGAAAUGGAUCUGUUGAUUUUGCCUGUGCUGUCCUGUAUGCCACCAUGGAUGGGACUGCUACCGCCCAAGAGGGAGACUUCGUUCCUGUUGAAAAGAGAGAAGUGCUUGUUUUUGCAGUUGGAAGUAGAGAGAAGAACAUAUCCAUAUUUGUUAAUGAAGAUGAUAUCCCAGAGACAGAUGAGCUUUUUUAUAUAAUCCUCUUUAAUUCAACAGGUGACACUGUAGUAUAUCAACAUGGAACAGCUACAGUGAUAAUUGAAGCUAAUGAUGAUCCAAAUGGUAUUUUUUCUUUGGAGCCCAUAGACAAAGCAAUAGAAGAGGGAAAAACUAAUGCAUUUUGGAUCUUGAGGCAUCGAGGACCUUUUGGCAAUGUUUCUGUGGCUUGGCAACUGUUUCAGAACGACUCUGCUUUGCAUCCUGGACAAGAGUUCUAUGAAACUUCUGGGACUGUUAACUUUAUGGAUGGAGAAAAAGCCAAACCGAUAAUUCUCCAUGCUUUUCCAGAUAAAAUUCCUGAAUUCAAUGAAUUUUAUAUUUUAAAGCUUAUAAACAUUUCAGGUGGAUCUCCAGGCCCUGGGGGUCAAUUAGCAGAAAUCAACCUCCAGGUGACAGUAAUGAUUCCAUUCAAUGAUGAUCCUUUCGGAGUUUUUGUAUUGGAUCCAGAGUGCUUAGAGCGAGAAGUGGCAGAAGAUGUGCUCUCAGAAGAUGAUAUGUCUUAUAUUACCAACUUUAUAAUUUUGAGGCAGCAGGGUGUCUUUGGUGAUGUACGAGUAGGCUGGGAAAUAGUGUCCAGUGAGUUCACUGAGGGUUUGCCCCCGAUGGUAGAUUUCUUGCUGGUUGGCAUUUUCCCCAGCUCUGUGCAGCGCCAACCCCACAUGCGGCGUCACCAUAGCGGAACAGAUGCUCUGUACUUCAGUGGACUAGAAGGUGCCUUUGGAACUGUUAAUCCAAAAUACCAUCCCUCCAAGAACAACUCAAUCGCCAACUUUACAUUUUCAGCGUGGCUAAUGCCCGAUGCCAAUACAAAUGGAUUUGUUAUAGCAAAGGAUGAUGGUAAUGGGAGUCUCUACUAUGGGGUUAAAAUUCAAACAAAUGAAUCCUAUGUGACUCUUUCCCUUCAUUACAAAACAUUGGGUUCCAAUGCUACAUACAUUGCCAAGACUACACUCAUGAAAUAUUUAGAAGAAAAUGUUUGGCUUCAUCUUCUAGUUAUCCUGAAUGAUGGUAUAAUUGAAUUCUACCUUGAUGGCAAUGCAAUGCCCAGAGCAAUCAAGAGUCUGAAAGGAGAAGCCAUUACUGAUGGUCCUGGAACACUGAGAAUUGGGGCAGGAAUGAAUGGCAAUGACAGAUUUACAGGUCUCAUGCAGGAUGUGAGGUCCUAUGAGCGGAAACUGACUCCAGAAGAGAUUUAUGAACUUCAUGCCAUGCCAGCAAAGAGUGAUUUACACCCUGUUUCUGGAUAUUUGGAGUUCCGACAGGGAGAAACAAACAAAUCAUUUAUUAUUUCUUCAAGAGAUGACAAUGAAGAGGAAGGAGAAGAAUUAUUCAUUCUUAAGCUAGUCUCUGCAUAUGGAGGAGCUCGCAUUUCUGAAGAAAAUACUACAGCAAGGUUAAUAAUACAAAAAAGUGAUAAUGCCAAUGGCUUAUUUGGUUUCACAGGAGCUUGUAUACCAGAGAUUGCCGAGGAGGGAUCCACCAUUUCAUGUGUGGUAGAGCGAACCAGAGGAGCGCUGGAUUAUGUGCAUGUUUUUUACACCAUCUCACAGAUAGAAUCUGAUGGUAUUAAUUACCUUGUUGAUGAUUUUGCUAAUGCCAGUGGAACUAUCACAUUCCUCCCUUGGCAAAGAUCAGAGGUCCUUAAUAUAUAUGUUCUUGAUGAUGAUAUUCCUGAGCUUAAUGAGUAUUUCCGUGUGACACUGGUUUCUGCAAUUCCUGGAGAUGGGAAGCUAGGUUCGACUCCCUCCAGCGGUGCAAGCAUAGAUCCUGAAAAGGAAACGACCGAUAUCACCAUUAAAGCUAGUGAUCAUCCAUAUGGCUUGCUGCAGUUCUCCUCAGGGCUACCUCCCCAACCUGAAGAUAUAAUGAUCCUGCCAGCAAGCAGCGUUCCCCAGAUCACUGUGCAGGAGGAGGAUGGAGAAGUAAGGUUAUUGGUUGUUCGAGCACAAGGACUCCUGGGGAUGGUUACAGUGGAAUUUAGAACAGUUUCAUUGACAGCAUUCAGUCCUCAGGACUAUCAGAGUGUUGCUGGCAGCUUAGAGUUUCAACCAGGAGAAAGAUAUAAAUACAUUUCUGUUAACAUCACUGAUAAUUCUAUCCCUGAAUUAGAAAAGACUUUUAAAGUUGAGUUGUUCAACUCAGAGGGAGGAGUACCUGAACUCUUUAGGGUUGAAGGCAGUGGUAGUGGUGAUGGGGACAUGGAAUUCUUCCUUCCAACUAUUCACAAACAUGCCAGUCUAGGAGUUGCUUCCCAAAUUCUAGUAACAGUUGCAGCCUCGGAUCAUGCUCAUGGUAUAUUUGAAUUUAGUCCUGAGUCACUCUUUGUCAGUGGAUCGGAACUAGGAGACAGGUACAACACUGUUACACUAAAUAUUAUGAGAAGUCAUGGGACUCUGUCUUCAGUGACUUUGCUUUGGAGCAUAGACUCUGAUCCUGAUGGAGACCUUGCCUUCACCUCUGGCAAUGUCACGUUUGAGAUUGGGCAGAAGUCUGCCAACAUCACAGUGGAAAUAUUGCCUGACGAAGAUCCAGAACUGGAUAAGGUGUUCUCUGUGUCCAUCCUCAGUGUCUCUAGUGGUUCUUUAGGAGUUCAUACGAAUGCCACAUUAAUUGUUUUGGCUAAUGAUGAUCCUUAUGGGGUCUUCAUCUUUUCCGAGAAAAAUAGACCUGUUCAAGUUGAGGAAGCAACCCAGAACAUCACUUUGUCAAUAAUAAGGUUAAAAGGCCUCAUGGGAAAAGUCAUUGUCACAUAUAGAACACUGGAUGAUAUGGAAAAACCACCUUAUUUUCCACCUAAUAUAGCCAGAGCAACUCAAGGAAGAGAUUAUAUACCAGCUUCUGGAUUUGCUCUUUUCAAUGAUAAUCAGAAUGAGGCAACAAUAGCUAUCUCAAUUUUGGAUGAUGAUGAACCAGAAAAGUCAGAAUCAGUGUUUAUUGAACUACUCAACUCUACAUUAGUAGAGAAAGUACAGAAUCGCUCAAUUCCAGAUUCUCCACGCCUUGGGCCUAAGGUAGAAACCAUUGCUCAUCUAAUUAUCAUUGCCAAUGAUGAUGCAUUUGGAACUCUUCAACUCUCAGCUUCAGUUGUUCGAGUGGCAGAAAAUCAUGUUGGGCCCAUUAUCAAUGUGACGAGAACAGGAGGAGCAUUUGCAGAUGUUUCUGUGAAGUUUAAGGCUGUGCCAAUAACUGCAAUAGCUGGCGAAGAUUAUAGUAUAGCUUCAUCGGAUGUGGUCUUGCUAGAAGGGGAAACCAGUAAGGCUGUGCCAAUAUAUAUCAUUAAUGACAUCUACCCUGAGCUGGAAGAAACUUUUCUCGUGCAACUACUGAAUGAAACAACAGGAGGCGCCAAACUAGGGGUGUUAACAGAGGCAAUCAUUAUUAUUGAAGCCUCUGAUGACCCCUAUGGAUUAUUUGGUUUUCAGAUUACUAAACUUAUUGUAGAGGAACCUGAGUUUAACUCAGUGAAGGUAAACCUGCCAAUAAUUCGAAAUUCUGGGACACUCGGCAAUGUUACUGUUCAGUGGGUUGCCACCAUUAAUGGACAGCUUGCUACUGGCGACCUGCGAGUUGUCUCAGGUAAUGUGACCUUUGCCCCUGGGGAAACCAUUCAAACCUUGUUGUUAGAGGUCCUGGCUGACGACGUUCCGGAGAUUGAAGAGGUUAUCGAAGUGCAGCUAACUGAUGCCUCUGGUGGAGGUACUAUUGGGUUAGAUCGAGUGGCAAAUAUUAUUAUUCCUGCCAAUGAUAAUCCCUAUGGUACAGUAGCCUUUGUUCAGUCACUUUAUCGUGUUCAAGAACCUCUGGAGAGAAGUUCCUGUGCUAACAUAACUGUCAGGCGAAGCGGAGGGCACUUUGGUCAACUGUUGCUAUUCUACAGCACUUCCGAUGUUGAUGUAGUGACUCUUGCAGUUGAGGAAGGUCAAGAUUUACUGUUUUACUAUGAGCCACCAAUUCAAGGAGCACCUGACAUGCUUUGGAGAACUUGGGUGAAUGUCUCUGCAGUGGAGGAACCCCAGUAUACCUGUGCCACUUUGUGCCUCAGAGAACAUGCAUGUUCAGCAUUUUCGUUUCUCAAUGCUUCUGAGGGUCCCCAGUGUUUUUGGAUGACUUCGUGGAUCAGCCCAACUCUUAACAACUCAGACUUCUGGACCUACAGGAAAAACAUGACCAAGGUAGCUUCUCUUUUCAGCAGUCAGGCUGUGGCUGGCAGUGACUAUGAGCCUGUGACAAGACAAUGGGCCAUAAUGCUGGAAGGUGAUGAAUUUGCAAAUCUCACAGUCUCUAUUCUUCCUGAUGAUGUCCCAGAGAUGGACGAGAGUUUCCUAAUUACUCUCCUUGAGGUUCACCUUAUGAACAUCACAGCCAGUUUUAAUAACCAGCCAACCAUAGGAGAGCCAAAUACUUCUACAGUUGUCAUAGCAUUAAAUGGUGAUGCCUUUGGAGUGUUUGUGAUCUACAGUAUCAGUCCCAAUACCUCAGAAGAUGGUUUAUAUGUUGAAGUUCAGGAGCAGCCCCAAACCACAGUGGAGCUGAUGAUCCACAGGACAGGGGGGAGCCUAGGUCAAGUGACAGUUGAAUGGCGUGUUGUUGGUGGCACUGCUACUGAAGGUUUAGAUUUUACAGGUGCUGGAGACAUUCUCACUUUUGCUGAAGGUGAAACCAAGAAGAUAGCCAUUUUAACCAUUUUGGAUGAUUCUGAGCCAGAGGAUGAUGAAAGUAUCAUAGUUACUUUGGUGGACACUGAAGGUGGAAGUAGAAUUUUGCCCAGUUCCGACACUGUUAAAGUGAACAUUUUGGCCAAUGACAAUGUGGCAGGAAUUGUUAGCUUUCAGACAGCUUCCAGAUCUGUCAUAGGUCUUGAAGGGGACAUUUUGCAAUUCCAUGUGAUAAGAACACCUCCUGGUCGAGGAAAUAUUACUGUUAAUUGGAAAAUUGUUGGGCAAGAUCUCAAACUCAAUUUUGAUAACUUUACUGGACAACUCUUCUUUCCUGAGGGGUCAUUGAAUCAAACAAUAUUUGUGCAUUUGUUGGAUGACAACAUUCCUGAGGAGAAAGAAAUAUACCAAGUCAUUCUGUAUGAUGUCCGAACACAUGGAAUUCCACCAGCAGGACAAGCUCUGCUUGAUGCUCAAGGAUAUGCAUCUGUCUUGACGGUAGAAGCAAGUGAUGAACCACAUGGAGUUUUAAAUUUUGCCCUUUCAUCAAGACUUGUUUUACUCCAAGAGGCUAACCUAACAUUCCAGCUUUUCAUCAACAGAGAAUUUGGAUCUCUAGGAGCUGUCAAUGUCACAUAUACCACAGUUCCUGGAAUGUGGAGUUUAAAGAACCAAACAGAAGGAAGCUUAGCUGAGCCAUAUGUUGACUUUGUCCCAGUAGUUGGCUCUCUGAUUUUGGAAGAAGGGGACACGGCAGCUUCCAUCAAUAUUACUAUACUUGAGGAUGACAUACCAGAACUAGAAGAAUAUUUCUUCGUGAAUUUAACUUCUGUUGAACUUAUCAUGGCUCCUCUAACUUCAUUUCCUCCUAGACUAGAUUCUGAGGGCUUGACUGCACAAAUUAUCAUUGAUGCCAAUGAUGGUGCGCGAGGCAUAAUCGAAUGGCAGCACGGCAGAUCCAAAGUAAAUGAAACCCAAGGAAGUUUGACAUUGGUAGCCCACAGGAGCAAAGAGGCUCUUGGUCAUGUUUCCCUGUUUGUGUAUGCUCAGAAUUUGGAAGCGCAACUGGGGCUGGAUUACAUCUUCACCCCAAUGAUUCUUCAUUUUGCUGAUAGAGAAAGGUACAAAAGUGUUGACAUCAUGAUUCUUGACGAUAAUAUUCCAGAAGGAGAUGAAAAAUUUCAACUGAUUUUAACAAAUCCUUCUCCUGGACUACAGCUGGGUGAAAAUACAAUAGCUUUAAUUACUAUCCUUGCUAAUGAUGAUGGCCCUGGAGUUCUGUCAUUCAACAACAGUGAACACUUUUUUCUAAGAGAACCAACAGCUCUCUAUGUGCAGGAGAGUGUUGCAGUAUUGUAUAUUGUUCGGGAACCUGCCCAAGGACUGUUUGGAACUGUGACAGUUCAGUUCAUUGUGACAGAAGUGAAUUCUUCAAUGGAGUCUAAAGAUCUGACUCCUUCCAAAGGCUAUAUUGUUUUAGAAGAAGGUGUUCGACUCAAGGCACUGCACAUAUCUGCCAUAUUGGACACAGAACCAGAGAAGGAUGAGCUUUUUGUUUGCACUUUGUUUAAUCCAACUGGAGGUGCUAGACUAGGGGCACAUGUUCAGACUCUGAUAACCAUUUUGCAAAACCAGGCCCCUCUGGGGCUUUUCAGUAUCUCUGCAGUUGCAAACAGAGCCACCUCUGUAGAUAUUGAAGAAGCCAACAGAACUGUGUAUUUGAACGUAUCCCGUAUUAAUGGCAUUGAUUUAGCUGUGAGUGUGGAGUGGGAGACAAUAUCUGAAACAGCAUUUGGCAUGAAGGGAACAGAUGUUGUAUUUUCCAUAUUUCAAAGUUUUUUGGAUACAUCAGCUUCCGGUUGGUGUUUCUUUACUUUGGAAGAUUCAACAUAUGGUGUUAUGUUAAGAAAAUUAUCUUCUACUAUUUAUCGAUGGCAAGGGAUUUUUGUUCCACUUGAGGAUUUAAAUAUAAAAAAUCCUAAAACUUGUGAGGCCUUUAAUAUUGGUCCUUCUCCCUACCUUGUGAUUACUCAUGAAGAAAGAAAUAAACAAAAACCUUCUGUUAACAGUGUGUAUACAUUCACCUCUGGACUCAAAUUACUGCUGGUGCAAACGAUCAUUAUUUCAGAAAGUUCUCAAGUAAGAUAUUUUACUUCAGAUGGUCAAGGUUACUUAAUCGUUGCCAGUCAAAGAGAAGAUUCUGAAUUAACUCAGGUCUUCAGAUGGGAUGGAAGCAGCUUUGUGCUGCAUCAGACACUCCCUGUCCGAGGUGUGCUAAGCAUGGCCUUGUUCACCAGAGGAGGUGCUGUAUUUCUAGCCAUUUCCCAGACUGAUGCCAGGCCAAAUUCCCUGGUACUCAGAUGGUCUGGCAGUGAGUUUAUAAGUUUUCAACAAGUUCCGACCAGUGGGACAACCCAAGUUGAGGCCUUGACUUCAGGAGAUGAUAUUUACUUAAUUUUUGCCAGAGCUAUCUUUCUAGGUGACCAAAAUUCAACUGAUAUUUUCAUCUGGGAGAGAGGACAGUCUUCUUUCAGAUAUUUUCAAUCCUUGGACUACACUAAUGUUAACAGGAUUCAUUCCUUCACACCAGCCUCAGGAAUAGUCCACUUACUUCUCAUUGGCCAAGCUGUUUCUGCUCUUUACUGCUGGAAUUCAAAGCUGAAUCAAUUCUCUUUUAUUCUGGAAGCACCUUCUGCUCAUGAUGCAGUUUUUGUUGCAGUAAAAUCCCUUAAUUCAAGCAAGAAUUUAAUUGCUCUAGUGGGAGACACCCAUUCAUACCUAUAUGAGCUGGCCUACAUCUCAAGCCACUCUGACUUCAUUCCUAGUUCAGGUGAACUGAUAUUUGAACCUGGUGACAGAGAAGCUGUAAUAGCAAUAAAUCUCCUUGAUGAUACAAUUCCAGAGGAAGAAGAAUCCUUCAGAGUUCAGCUGAAAAAUCCCAAAGGAGGAGCAGAGAUUGGUAUUAAUGGUUAUGUAAACAUAACUAUUCUGUCUAAUGAUGAUGCAUAUGGAAUUGUUGGAUUUGCUCAGAAUUCAUUAUAUAAGCAAGUGGAAGAAAUGGAACAAGACAGCCUAGUAACCUUGAAUGUUGAACGCUUAAAAGGAACAUAUGGUCGUUUAACUGUAGCGUGGGAAGCUGAUGGAAGUAUUAGUGAUAUAUUUCCUACCUCAGGAGUGAUUUCAUUUUCUGAAGGCCAGGCACUGUCCACAAUCACUCUGACUGUUCUUGCUGAUGAUAAACCAGAGUUAUCAGAGAUAGUGAUCAUAACACUCAACCGUGUUACCACAGAAGGGGUCGUGAAUCCAUCAAAAGGUGCUACUAUUGAUCAGAAGAGAAACAAGUCUGUGAUAACCACUCUGCCCAAUGAUUCACCUUAUGGCUUGGUGGGCUGGCAUGCUGUGUCUCUCUUCAUUAGUGUAGCAGAGCCUGAAGAGAACAUCACCACCCUGCAGUUGCAAAUUGUUCGAGACAAAGGAUUAACUGGAGACAUUGCUGUUCACUUGUUAGCUAAACCCAAUCUCUUAUUGCAUAUCAAUAACCAAGCAACUGAGAAUGAAGAUUAUGUGCUGCAAGAAACAGUAAUAGUAAUGAAAGAAAACAUAAAAGAAACAUAUGCCAAAGUUGUCAUUUUGCCGGAUAAUGCACCCGAGUUGGAUGAAGGAUUUAUUGUCAACAUCACCGAGGUUUACCUAGUGAACUCUGACUUCUCUGAAGGACAACCAAGUGUGCGGAGGCCUGGAAAGGAAGUGGUUGAAAUAACAAUUGAAGAAAAUGAUGACCCCAGAGGAGUUUUUAAGUUUCAUGUUACUAGAGAUGCUGGUGGUGGUAUUACUGCAUAUGAGGUGCCUCCACCAUUGACCCUUCUUCAGAUUCCUGUCAUCCGACUGUCUGGAAGCUUUGGGGCAGUAAGCGUUUAUUGGGAAGCAACACUGGGCAGUGCUGGCCUCGAAGACUUUAAGCCAUCUCAUGGAAUUCUUGAAUUUGCAGAGAGACAAGUUACUGCAGUAAUAGAAAUCAUCAUAAUUGACGAUGCUGAAUUUGAACUCAUGGAGACAUUCAAUAUUUCCUUAGUCAGGGUGGUUGGAGGUGGCAGACUUGGCGAUGAUGUUAUUUUAACUGUUGUUAUUCCACAAAAUGACUCUCCAUUUGGAGUAUUUGGAUUUGAAGAAAAGACUGUAUUGGUUGAAGAAUCCCUGUUGUCAGAUGACCCUGAUUCAUAUGUGACAUUGACAGUUGUCCGUUCCCCAGGAGGAAAAGGAGCUGUCCGACUUCAGUGGACUGUAGAUGAGAAGGCUAAAGAUGAUCUCAGGCCUUUGAAUGGAACAAUUAAUUUUGAUGAGACUGAGUCCCAGAAGACAAUUGUAUUGCAUACACUUCAAGACACCAUGUUGGAGAAGGAGAGGCAUUUCACCAUUCAUUUGAUUUCAGUUGAUGAAGUAGAAAUCUCUCCAGUGAAAGGCAGUGCAUCAAUAAUCAUCCGGGGAGAUAAGGGAGCCUUGGGAGAAGUUGGGAUAGCUCCAUCAUCUAGGCACAUCCUCACUGCAGAACCCUCAGCAGAAUAUAAUGGUACUGCUGUCAUCAGCCUUGUCCGUGGCCCAGCCAUCUGGGGGGAGAUCACUGUGUACUGGAGGAUAGUUCCACCUUCUGUCGGGAAAUUUGUGGAAACAACAGGGAAAUUAACAAUGCAAGAUGGACAGUCUGCAGCGAUUGUAGUAAUACAGACUUUGAAUGAUGACAUUCCUGAGGAAAAGAGUUUCUAUGAGUUUCAGCUCACUGGAGUCAGUGAGGGCGGAAUACUGAGUGAAUCCAGCAGCACUGCGAAUAUCACAGUAGUGGCCAGCGACUUUCCCUAUGGACGGUUUGCCUUUUCACAAGAGCAACUUCUAGUAUCCGAGAAAGCACAAAGGGUCAACAUCACAGUCUUCCGUUCAGGAGGAUGUUUGGGCUCGGUGAGGCUGUGUUAUGAGACUGUGAGCGGCACAGCCGAGGCCGGCUUGGAUUUUAUCCCUGCACCCGGUGAGCUCCUCUUUAAAGCAAGGGAGACGGUGAAAAACCUCUAUGUUGAAAUCCUUGAUGAUGGUCUUCCUGAAGGUCCCGAGGAAUUUUCUCUGGUGAUUACAAAGGUGGAACUCCUGGGAAGAGGGUAUGAUUUUACCAUCCAAGAAAAUGGACUUCAGAUCGAUCAACCUCCUGAAAUAGGAAAUAUCUCCAUUGUCAGAAUCAUAAUAAUGAAAAAUGAUAAUGCAGAGGGCAUUAUCGAAUUUGACCCAAGGUAUACUGCCUUUGAAGUGGAGGAAGAUGCUGGGAUGAUAAUGAUUCCAGUGGUUAGGCUGGUUGGAACUUACGGCCGUGUGACAGCUGAUUUCAUUUCUCAGAGCUCGUCGGCAGCUCCUGGCGGCAUUGAUUUCAUACUGCAUGGUAGUGCAGUCACCUUUCAGCAUGGGCAGAACUUAAGUUUUAUAAAUAUCUCCAUCAUUGAUGACUAUGAAAGUGAAUUUGCAGAGCCCAUUGAAAUUCUGCUGGUAGGAGCUACUGGUGGAGCAGUCCUUGGGCGCCACCUAGUGAGCAGAAUCACAAUUGCCAAGAGUGACUCUCCCUAUGGUGGUGUAAGAUUUCUCAAUCAGAGCAAAAUUUCUCUUGCUAAUCCCAAUUCCACAAUGAUUUUAUUCUUGGUGUUGGAGCGGACUGGAGAACUCGUUGGAGAGGUUCAGGUGAACUGGGUGAUAGUAGGACCUAAUUCUCAGGAAGACUUAUCACCCCAGAACAGAGACAUUGCAGACCCCGUGAGUGGGUCCUUCUAUUUUGGAGAGGGAGAAGGUGGAUUGAGAACCAUAAUUCUGACCAUCUAUCCUCAUGAAGAAAUUGAAGUUGAAGAGACUUUCAUUAUUAAACUUAAACUUGUGAAAGGAGAAGCUAAAUUAGACUCCAGAGCUAAAGAUAUUACCUUAACAAUAGAAAAGUUUGGUGAUCCAAAUGGAGUGGUUCAGUUUGCUGCUGAGUCUUCAUCUGGGAAGACCUAUUCAGAGCCAUCAUCUCUAGAAGGGCCCCUGAUCAUUCCUUUCUUUGUCGAAAGAGUCGGGGGCAUUUUUGGAGAGAUUAUGGUUUACUGGGAAUUAACUAGUGAGUUUGAUAUUACUGGAGAUUUUCUUUCUACAAAAGGAUUUUUCACCAUUGCUGAUGGAGAGAGUGAGGCCAACUUUGAUGUUCAUUUGCUACCAGAUGAUAUACCCGAGAUAGAGGAAGAAUAUGUAAUCCAGCUUGUUUCUGUAGAGGGAGGGGCAGAACUAGAUCCGGAAAAAUCCAUCAUUCAAUUCUCUGUUUUUGCAAAUGAUGACCCGCAUGGAGUGUUUGCUCUGUAUUCAGAUCAUCAAUCAAUACUUAUUGGACAGAACCUUAGUAGAUCCAUCCAAAUUAAUGUAACCCGCCUUGCUGGAACAUUUGGAGAUGUGGCUAUUGGAUUUCAAAUAUCUUCUGAUCAAGAAGAGCAGCCAAUUGUUACUGAAAGUGCAGAGAGGCAGCUGGUGAUCAAAGAUGGUGCCAGAUAUAAAGUGGACAUUGUGUCAGUCAAAAAUGAGGUCUUCCUGUCACUGGGCUCUAAUUUCACCUUGCAACUGGUGGCUGUGAUGCUGGUUGGUGGACGGUUCUAUGGCAUGCCAAGGAUUCUGCAGGGAGCAAAAUCUGCGGUUUUGCCAAUCCCGGAGAAAGCUGCCAACUCUCAGGUUGGAUUUGCGUCUACUGCUUUUCCGCUCAUGAAUAUCACUGCUGGAACAAGCCGAGUCGUGGUUUCUAGGAGAGGCACAUAUGGCUCCCUAACCAUUACCUGGGCUGCUGGAUACAUCUCUGGGUUUGAAAUCCCUGAAUUCAUUGCCGUUGGCAACAUGACCCCAAAACUGGGGAGCCUUUCCUUUUCCCAUGGAGAACAAAGUAAAGGAAUCUGGCUGUGGACACUGCCCAGCCCUGCUCGACCCGAGGCCUUCCCUAUACAUCUCUCUGGGGUACAGAGCAGCGCCCCUGGUGGGGCUCAGCUGCGAUCUGGUUUUAUUGUUGCAGAAAUUGAACCAAUGGGAAUCUUUCAAUUUUCCCCUAGUUCAAGAAAUAUCAUAGUGUCAGAGGAUGUACAGGUGAUCAGAUUACAUGUACAGAGACUGUUUGGGUUCCAAGGUGAUCUUAUUCAAGUUUCCUAUCAGAUAACUGCAGGAAGCGCAAAGCCACGGGAAGACUUUCAGCCUAUUCAGAAUAACGAACUGCUUUUUCAAAAAUUCCAAGCUGAGGUUGAUUUUGAAAUAAUCAUUAUUAAUGAUCAUCUUCCUGAGCUAGAAGAAACUUUUUACAUCAAUCUAACUUCAGUAGAAAUUAAAGGAUUGCAGCAUUUUGAUGCUGAUUGGAGACCACGCCUGAAUCUAGAUUUCAGUGUCGCAGUGAUCACAAUAUUAGAUGAUGAUGACCUGGUGGGAAUGGAUGUAUUUCUCCCCAAGACAACUGUGGCUAUAGCAGAUGACACAACUCUCACUCCUCUAGGAAAUGUGCUCUCCUCCACACAGUCUGACACAACCAAUUUAACUACCACUUUACAGGCAACAGAAAUAGUCACCAUUGUUGCUGAGACAAGUGGUGUAACUGCUAUCCCUGUGGAACUUGGCACCCUUCCUAGUACAUCUGCUAUGUCUGAGAAGCCUGAUGAGGCCUCUGUCACUGCCAACAUUUCCAUUCAUGGAAUAUUUAGUCUUUGGCCACCCAUUGUUUACAUUGAAGAGGAGAUACAGAAUGGCACAUUUAAUGCUGCACAAGUUUUUGUUCAAAGAACUGGUAGGUGUACUGGCAAUGUCAGUAUAUCAGUUAAAACUUUUGGUGGAAGAUCUGCUCAGAAGGAGCCAGAUGCAUUCCCCUCUCCUGAUACCUAUGGAAUUUCCAACCUAACAUGGGCCGUUGAAGAUGAAGACUUUGAAGAACAAACUUUCAUCCUUACAUUUGUAGAUGGAGAGAGAGAACGUAAAGUAUUGGUUCAAAUUUUAGAUGACGAUGAACCCGAGGGCCAGGAAUUCUUCUACGUGUUUCUUACAGACCCUCAAGAGGGAGCACAGAUUGUGAAGGGAAGGGAUGACAGUGGAUUUGCAGCUUUUACCAUGAUCGUUAUUACAGGGAGUGACCUUCACAAUGGCAUCAUAGGAUUCAGUGAGGAUUCCCAGAGUGGACUAAGGCUGGGUGAAGGAGCUGGUAUGAACAGACUGCAUCUUAUUGUCACAAGGCAGUCAAACAGGGCCUUUGAAGAUGUCAAAGUUUUUUGGCGUGUCACAUUUAACAAAACAGCCACUGUGCUCCAGAAAGAUGUUGUGAACCUGAUGGAUGAGCUCCUCUCUGUGUCAGGCACCACAACCUGUACAACAGGUCAAAUAAAAUGUUUAAUUCCCAUUGAGAUCAAACCAGGAAAGAUACCUCAAGUUGAAACACAUUUUUUUGUAGAACUGUAUCAAGUAACUGCUGGAGCAGCAAUAAAUGAUAGUGCCAGAUUUGCACAGAUUAAAUUCUUACGGAGUGAUGAACCUCAAAGCCUGAUGUAUUUUUCUGUUGGUUCUCGGCUACCAGUGACUCACAAGAAGGCCACUUUAAUCAGUUUGCAAGUAGCCAGGGAUUCUGGGACAGGACUAAUGAUAUCUGUUAACUUCAGUACCCAGGAGCUGAGGAGUCCUGAAACAAUUGGUCGUACUUUCAUAUCUCCAGCAAUUUCUGGAAAGGAUUUUGUGAGUACUGAAGGAACACUGGUCUUUGAACCUGGUCAGAGAAAUACCAUGUUGGAUGUCAUUCUAACGCCAGAGAAAGGGUCUUUAAAUCCAUUUCCCAAACGCUUCCAGAUUGUGCUUUUUGACCCAAAAGGUGGUGCCAAAAUUGAUACAAUGUAUGGGACUGCUAAUAUCACUCUUGUCAAUGAUGUGGAUUCGCAGGCCAUUUGGGGGCUUGCAGAUCAGCUACAGCAGCCCCUGAAUGGUGAUAUUCUCAGCAGAGUGCUCCACAGCAUCAGCAUGAAAGUGGCAAUGGAGAACACAGAUGAACAGCUCAGUGUUGUGAUGCAUCUAAUAGACAAGAUAACUGUUGAAGGAAAACAUCAAGCAUUCAGUAUUGAAAACCGAAAUCUUUUUUAUGAGAUUCUUUGUGCUCUUAUUAACCCAAAGCGCAAGGACACUAGGGGAUUCACUCAGUUUACUGAAGUGACUGAGAAUUUUGCUUUUUCUUUACUGACCGAUGUUACUUGUGGCUCUCCUGGUGAAAAAAGCAAAACCAUCCUUGACACUUGCCCAUAUUUGUCUAUACUGGCUCUUCACUGGCUUCCUCAACAAAUCAAUGGGCACAAGUUUGAAGGAAAGGAAGGUGAUUACAUUCAAAUUCCUGAGAGGUUAUUGGAUGUUCCAGAUGCAGAAGUAAUGGCUGAGAAAAGUACAUGUGAAUUAGUCCAGUUUACAGAAUAUAGCAGCCAGCAGUGGUUUAUAACUGGAAAUAAUCUUCUUGCUCUGAAAAAUAAGGUGUUAUCUUUGAGUGUGAAGGGUCAGAGUUCACAACCCCUGAUGGACAACAAUGAGGUUCUCUAUAGGAUUUAUGCUGCUGAGCCUAGAAUUGUUCCCCAGACAUCUCUGUGUCUCCUUUGGAAUCAAGCUGCUGCAAGUUGGUUAUCUGACAGUCCAUUUUGCAAAGUGGUUGAGGACACUUCAGAUUACGUGGAAUGUGCCUGUUCAUACAUGUCUGUGUAUGCUGUCUAUGCCCAGACUGAUAACUUGUCUUCAUAUAAUGAAGCCUUUUUCUCUUCUGGAUUCAUAUGUAUCUCAGGUUUUUGCCUGGCUGUUCUCUCCCAUAUUUUCUGUGCCAGGUAUGCCAUGUUUGCAGCAAAGCUUCUGACUCACAUGAUGGCAGCCAGCUUAGGUACACAGAUUGUUUUUCUGGCAUCUGCAUAUGCAAGUCCCCAACUCACAGAUGAGAGCUGUUCAGCCAUGGCUGCUGUUACACAUUACCUGUAUCUCUGCCAGUUUAGCUGGAUGCUCAUUCAGGCUGUGAAUUUCUGGUAUGUACUGGUGAUGAAUGAUGAGCACACAGAAAGAAGAUAUCUUCUGUUUUUCCUCCUAAGUUGGGGUCUUCCUGCCUUUGUGGUGAUUCUGCUCAUAGUUAUUUUGCGAGGAAUCUAUCAUCUGAGCAUGCCGCAGAUCUAUGGACUCAUCCACAAUGACCUGUAAGUACAUUAAGGGAGAACACAUUGUCUUCUUAGUCUCAAUGUAUGCAGGCAGUAUUAUUAAUAAUGGUGGAAGCAGUUGAUAAGAGAUGUGAUUAAAGCAGUACCAAGAAGACCUUUGCUUUUUUUGUUGUACUCUCUGAAGUUCUACUUCCUCUAAUUGCCUAUUAAAAAAUCUGUUGCCUCUGUAGUACCUUUAAUAAGUGCAAUUGUCUCAAGUGAGUUGUAAUUUGUAAAGAGUCUGGGAUUGGGAGUGAGAGGGGGUGUAUUAGAAGAUGGCGGAAAAAUCACUGCCCAUAAGUUCCUGAAAUACCAAAGUCUGUAUUAGAAUAAAUGGAGAAUCUGCAAAAGUGCAUGGGUAAGAGACAAGCUCAACUAGGUCUUUCUUAUAUAUUC